GACGAGUAAGCACGAGCACGGUCUCCCGCAUUCAAACGGCCAAGAAGGAAUCGUAUACUUUCUUGGAUGAGAUUUUCUGUACGCUUCGGUGGAAGAGGGUAGCGCCGAGUGAAGGCACCAGUGGUGUAGUCUAAGAAGGGGAUUUUUUGCAGCUGAUAUUAUUACUUUAUUCCGAAGUACGGGUGAAUCAAACAGUGAUAGCAGUGUUAUUCAAGUGGAUAGUGAGAGAAAUUUAAAUUUGUUAAAAAAGGUUUAGUACCAUUUGAACAUCAGUGGGCGCUGGUACAACCCUGUGUGGCAGUAUCUACGAGGGUACAAGAAAGUGAUAGCAUACAUUACGUCAAGCGUUCGAACUCUUCUCGCUUCGUUGGUGCACUGCGUUGGAGCGAAAGGGGUGGCAAGUGAGCGUGUAGGCAAGACACAAGAUACUGAACAUGGCGACGAUUGGAAAACGGAAUCCUGCGUUGAGUACUACAGUAUCGAAUGUUUCACUGGUUUCAAGUGAUUUUAUUUAAUGCGUGUGGCUCUUAUGGUGUAAAAGACAGUUUUUCAACUCGAGAAGUAUUUCAGCGAUAGUAAUAGUACAAAAUGUCUGCUGAAAGUGGCAUGGAACAUGUAGAAAAUGCGCAUUUUUCGCAGCAGCAAAGCGAAAUCGACCUACUCUCCAAUCCUAUCGCAAUGGUGACUGCCAGCGGCUGCGAGACGACAGCAGUCCGCGAUGGGCGUACAAUUGACUCGCCGAUCGCGGCAGGCAAGGUAGCGCCGGCUGAGUUAGUACAAGCGACGACCGUCGCAAAUGAUGGAGGCGCUGAUGGUUCGAACGAAGAUGGUCGUCCGUUGAGCAGUUUUACUGACAUGGCUGCUAAGAUGAAUUCGAACAAAACCGCCACUACGACGGGUGCGCAAACUGAUAGCCGGAGCCUUAGUAGCAAUCAGAGAAAUAGUGGCACACCAAAUAGUGCUACUGGUGGCAAAACCAGUGGCACCGGUGGGGCAGGAGGUGGUGGCGGUGGCAAACGAAAAAGGCGCCGCGGAAAAUCACAGCGCGGUAAAUCCAGUUCAAAUCGACCGUACAGUAAGACCCAGUGGAAGUACCAGAAGUCAUCUGGACAGUCCGGUCGCACGGGGUUAGUAGUGGAGAGCGGUACCGGGAAUAAUAAACGGCGCCUGGAGCAUCACUACGCACUUGGGGCUCGCCGAAAGACACCAUUUCUGCUGUCCGAUCAGCCACCGCUCGUACCGUACAACACCAACCGCUUUCUGAUGGAGGACCAUAUGCCACAAGUGCUGACCCCGUCAGGUAGAACGCGCGAUUCUAGUUUUUCUAUAGAUUCAGAAGAAAAUUAUUUUUACUCACUCCCAGAGGACGAAGAGGAUUUCCUCACCAAGGAGUUUUCCGACGUGUACGAGAAGGCGCGUUGCGAACAGAUCGAGAGCCUCAGCCACGCGGAGCUGAUACAGGAGUACAUAAAGCUCGCGGUCGACUAUGAACAGGUGUUGCGCCGUAAUACGUCCAUGGCUAGUACGAUAAGCAAGGUGGCGGAAGAGUCGUCAGCGAACGUGCCAGCCGAUAUUUUGGCACUAGUAGAAUACAGUGGGUCGCAAAAUUACGAAUUUGCCACUUACAAGCAAAGUAUUUUGGAGAGUCAAGUGCGUGAACUUGUGAAGGAGAAUGCUGAACUGCGUCGCCAGUUGGACCAGGCGAAGCGUAUGGGUCUGGUAGUAUCCACCAAAUCAUCUCCAUCAUACUGCGCACCGGAUCGAGGAUCACUCCGAGGGGCAGCAGCGUUAGAUCUGAUGGAUAUCGAGCAGCAUGGGACAGCCGAUAGUAGCACCAGCGAAGACAGCGAAUCGGAUAGCUCGAGCACCAGUUCCAGCAGCAGCUCCAGUAGUAGCAGUAGCAGUAGUAGUGCCAGCAGCAUGAGCGAUGACGAUGAACCUAUGGCCACCGAGGGAAGAGCACCUUCAACGGUGAACAGUGGCCAGAUGAGUACUACACUGCGGUCUGAUGCAUCAAUGGCGAAUGGAGUAGAUCUCCACCCGAACGGAGAAGAAGAUGUUGAGGUAAACGAUCGGGACAGUGUGGUUGAUGAUGAUGAGCAGCAACCCCUUUUGAACGGUGGAGAGGAUCUAUCGUUAUCCCCCCGGCCAUUUGUGGCUGUGGAAUAGAAUUCUCUUCGAUUCAAUUCGUAUGCUGCAGAAGUCAAAAUGACUCGCUCUUAUUUUUUGUGUUUAAGGAGGGUUGAAUGUUCUCAAUUUUAGCACCAAACCCAAAAUUCAUACUUUGUUCUUUGACUUAACCAAAAACACAAAUCCUCAAUAUUUGAGGGUUUACAGAGGAGAAAUGAUAGAAAGGGUCUUUUAUUUGAAUCAUUUUUCUAAUCGAUAACAUUACCAUCAGCGUCAAACACUCGGGAAGACGUGUCAUUAAAUGGAGUUCAACGUCGUUUUACAUUCAGUACUCUGUUGAUGUAACGGUUGAAUCAAUCUACUUAUUGUUUGUUUUAAUCGAAACCAAAAUCAGCAAAAUUUGAAUAAUAAAAUGUUUAGUAAAGCGUAAACUAUAAAUUCCCAUCUCAAACACGUGGUACCAAAUGGUGAAAAAUGGCUUAACCAAGCUCGAAAAAUUUUUGAAAAUGAGACAAAAAAACGGAAAAAUUGUUUUAUCAUAAAAAUCACAAAAACUAUGCAAUCGAAAAACACAAAACGCAAAUUUACAUAGUGUGAGGAUGAGGGAAAAGUUAUUUGUGUAAAAAUGAGAAGAGAGAGGACAUAUACACAUUAAGCGAAUGGUAAUGUGACAUGAAAAGCUGAAAUAAUAGUAUAGUAAGUAUAGUAUACCUUAUACAAACUUAUAUACAAAAACAACAUGCAAACCAAGGCGACAAUGCAAAUGAUAUGUGAUUUCUCUUUUCUCUACAAGUCGGGAGUAAGGAAAAUCUAUUACGCCACGCGUGCGUGAAAAAUCCCCUCUUGUUGAACGUAACCUGGAGGGCAUAUUGUUGCUGGCCUACCGGGACAAAGGUGAUGAAUGUGAUUCGAUAAUAAACUAAGAUUAUGAACGGGUUUAAAACACGCAACAAAUCAUAUAUAGUAUAAGAGUUUCCUGCACACGGACGCUGAACCACGGCCGGGGGAAAACCACUGUAACGCGAUUAUGAUCGGUCCAAACCGGCGAAAGUUACUGAUGCGCUUAUCGGAAAGUUAAACUGGAGAAGGGAAGUUAAUGUGCUGUUGUUCUGUGAUCUCGGAUACUAGUUUUUUUUUCGACUCUACGGCGUAUUUCCGUGGCAAGUAAAGAGGGUGAAUCAAAGGGCACCAUACCAUCGGGCGUUCGGUGAUCUUAACGAUCGUUUUCUCCCACCGUUGCGGGAAUUUUCUGGCGCCAGGAAUUUUGACGGGGCAUUAUUACUUUUUUGGCAGGUGCCCGGGUGCGUGUUUAACCAGGAAAAAGGGGACACAUUAUAGGUAUAUAUAAUAGGCGGGGUGGGGCGUUUCAAAUGCUGAGUUACUAUUACCAACAUUGCUAUACAAACGAGAAGUUGCUACAAAGAUCAGCGGGGGAAGACGAUUAACAUCAUGGCGAGCUGGUUAGAUAAGCCUAAUUUGCCGAAAUGAAGGAAGAAGGGAGUUUUGAAUUUAGUCCCUGCAAGGAUAACCAGCCUAAUUGAUGCAUUCUGCGUGAGUAACGCUAACUGUCGCUUAUAUUGAGCGGGGGGGCGGAUGGCACAAACAUUGCAGUGCAAAAGACCCGUUGUACUCUGGCGUCGUAAUUAAAGGACUGUAGAGAAGUGGUGGCUUUGUAUUUGGUAGAGACCGAUGGUGGACGUUACGGGCACUUAACAUUUGAUGAACAAGUUUGUCUCCUCCGGUGUAGUGCUCACGAAUGCGUAAUUUAGUUAGAAUAAUGCUGUAAGUUUAUGUUGUUUGCCGAAACUAUACGAAAUAAAAUGUUCGA